AUGUGGUACUCUAGAGUCAUGAAGGGUAAGAAUGGUGUAGGCAUUUUGUUGGAUAGGGAACUUAGAGAGUCUGUGGUAGAGGUCAGGCCGGUGAAUGAUAUGUUAAUGUCUAUUAAGUUGGUGGUUGGUGAGUGCAUCCUAAAUAUCGUUAGUGCGUAUGCGCCGCAAGCGGGCUUGGAUCAGGAGGUCAAGAGGCGUUUCUGGGAGGGGUUGGAUAAGAUUGUGCGUGUAGUAUUCCGCCUGCUAAGAGACGGCUAUGGCGAGGUGCAUGGUGGCUUCGAUUUUGGGGAUAGGAACGCAGGAGGAUCUUCGCUGUUGGAUUUCGCAAAGGCAUUUGAGCUGGUGAUUGCUAACUCUAGUUUUCCAAAGAGCGAGGAGCAUUUGGUUACUUUUCAGAGUAUGGUGGCGAAGACUCAGAUUGACUAUCUUCUCCUUAGGAGGUGCGACAGAGGACUGUGUAAGGAUUGCAAGGUUAUCCCGGGUGAGACCCUCGCGAUGCAGCGUAGGCUCUUGGUGAUGGACGUCAGUAUGAUGAAGAGGAAGAAGAGGACUGCACGAGGUCGACCGAGGAUCAAGUGGGGAGCCUUGACUAAUGAUAAAGCUCAGGAGUUGGAAGGGACUCUAUAG